CCGGUGGCAAUGAGACCCUGACUAAGAAAGGACAUCUUCAGAAGAUUCUCCUGCACAACGUGAAGGCUCGAUCUCCUUAUUACCUGCAUAUCAAGUAAGAACAAGAAGACCCCCGGGCUUAUUUAAAAACAAAGAAUUUACCUGCAGAAGAUCUUUACGCGGGUAAAGAAGGAUCAGAAUGAGGCAAAGUAGGAAUUUGUCUGGCCUAAAUUCAGCUACAGGACAGGCAGGGCAUCGGCAUGCUAAUGGAUCAGCGGCCAGCGCAGACGAAGAAAACAUCCCAUCACCCUUGAGAAGAGCAAGUGGCAAGCGGCGUUCUAGGCCGUUCUCUGGAGAAUUCGACUAUGACGCAAUCAAUCACCCAUUACCUAAAUCCCCUGUCUCAAAAAAGGAAGGAGGCAUUCACGAAAACGCAAUGGCAGUGGAAGACCCUACAUCCACCGAUGCAGCAUGGAAGAAGAUCCAACAGAACACAUUUACAAGGUGGUGCAACGAACAUCUUAAAUGUGUGAACCUUUUUAUUUACAACUUGGAAAGUGAUUUCAACGAUGGACUGAAGCUAGUAAGCCUUCUGCAAGUGCUUUCGCACAAGAGAAUCAAUAGAUAUAACAAAAAGCCAACGUUUCGACCCCAAAAAUUGGAAAAUAUUGCAAUUGCACUUAAAUUCAUCGAUGAUGAAGACAUCAAACUGGUCAACAUUGAUGCUAGCGAUAUUUAUAAGGGUAACCUGAAGCUGAUUCUCGGCUUAAUAUGGACGUUGAUUUUGAAAUACCAGAUCAGUAUGCCAAUGCUAGAUACUGAUGAUGAGCAAGGAAAAACACCAAAGCAAGCUUUGAUGGGAUGGGUGAAAAGCAAACUUCCACCCGAGGUGAAGUGUGAUAACUUUGCCAAAGAUUGGAAUGAUGGUAUUGCACUUGCCAGUCUUGUUGAUGCCACUGCUCCCGGACUGUUCCCAGAAUGGGAAGACCUGAAUCCUGCAAACAAAUUGGACAAUGCCAGAGAUGCCAUGAAGAGAGCCGAAGAUUGGCUUGGAAUACCACAGGUCAUCACCCCAGAAGAGAUCACAAAUCCAAAUGUGGACGAACUCAGUGUCAUGACCUACGUUUCGUACUUCCCAGAAGCUAAGGUGAAACCUGGUGCUCCAAUCAAACAGAAGAUGACCGAUGCCUCUAAAUGCAGAGCCUGGGGUCCUGGUAUUGAAUCGGAGGGUGUCAUUGCAAACCAAGCAGCUGAUUUCUUUGUUGAAGCAACUGGAUCCUCAAAAGGCAAAGUUAAUGUUUCUGUUUUGGGACCUGGAAGGAAGCAAAUUGAUUGCGAAAUAAUUGAUAACCACGACAAUACAUAUUCGUGUCGCUAUGUUGCACCGAAGCCUGGCAUUUACGAUGUGCAUAUUCGAAUUGGCGGACAUCACAUUCCUGACAGUCCGUUCCGCGUCAACGUCAGCUCAGAUGUCGAUGCAACAAAGGUUUAUGCUAGGGGGCCAGGUCUUGAGCCAACUGGUGUUAUUGUCAACAGACCAGCUAAGUUUGAAGUUGUUACAUCUGGAGCAGGCCACGGAAAUGUCCAUGUUGAUAUUAUUGACCCUAAAGGAAAUAAAAAGACUGAACUGCAAAUCGAAGAUCAAGGGAAUGGCAUUUUUGCUUGCCAGUACCUCCCCUCCGUUGUUGGAAAAUACGUCAUCUGCAUCAAGUUUGGUGACUCUGAAAUUGCGAAGAGCCCAUUCAGAGUCCAAGUGGAAAAGGCAGCGACCAGAGUCAAUAUAUACGGCCCAGGUUUAGAGCCAGGUUUGAAGACAGGAAAGCCGGCAACAUUCACCGUAGACUGCAAAGAGGUUGGUGUAGGAAAUCUGGAUAUCGAGAUUGAGGGACCAGGAAGAGGUGAUGUUUCUUGUGACGUGGAAGAUAAUGGCGAUGGCACAUUUACUUGUACCUACAGGCCUAUGAAACCUGGAACAUACAUCGUCAAAGUUCGUUAUGACCAAGAACCUGUACCAAAGAGCCCUGUUAAAGUUACCAUCACAUCGAGCGCCGAUCUUAGUAAGAUUAAAGCUUGGGGGCCAGGACUUGAAGGAGGCGUUGAGGGAAUGCCAGCUGAAUUUUAUGUCGAAGCUAAAGGAACAAAAUUGGACAGUCUGACCUUUGCUGUUGAAGGCCCUGGCAAGGCCCCAGUUGAAGUUGAGGAAACUGGGCCAAGCAAACUGACUAUUCGGUAUUUCCCAGAGGAGAAAGGUGAAUAUGUCAUCCACGUGAUGUGUGAGGAAAUCGACAUCCCAACCAGCCCAUUCAGAGUAAAGAUCGUUGCCAAGGGUGAUGCCAGUAAAGUUUACGCUGAUGGACCAGGAUUGAAACCAGGCUGCAUGACCGGCCGCCCUGCAGAGUUUACCGUUUUUACACACAAGGCAGGCGGUGCUGGAAAAGUAGAGGUUAUCUGCACAGACGAAGAUGGCACCCCUGUGGAAGUUAAGAUGAAGGACAAUAGAGAUGGCACUUACUCUGUCUCUUACAUGCCAGUUAAACCAGGAACAUACACUGUUACAAUCAAGUUUGCCGCAGCCAACAUCCCAAAGAGCCCGUACCAGGUUCUCAUCAAACCAUACUGCGACCCAACCAAGGUCAAAGUGACCGGAGCUGGUCUUAAAGGCGGCAAAGCGAACAAACCAGCGAAUUUCGAAAUUGAUGCUAGCAAAGCUGGUGAGGGUGGUAUUGGCCUAACGAUUGAAGGACCUGUUGAAGCUGACAUCAAAUGCGAUGAUCAUGGAAAUGGAACGUGUAGCGUGGAAUACUUGCCAGUUGAAGAUGGCGAAUACACAAUCAAUGUACUUUUUGCAGAUGUGCAUGUACCCGGAAGCCCCUUCAAAGCCAUAGUUAGCUCUGACUUUGAUGCGUCCAAGGUGAAAGCUACCGGCCCCGGACUUGAACCAGGUUGCAAAGCCGGCAGACGUCUACCAAUCACAGUCGACAGCCGUAAAGCCGGAAAGGCCGCAUUAAACGUGGUGGUCACUGAUGAGGUUGGAAACCCUGUUGAUGUUGAAAUGAACGAACUCGAACCAGGUCUACAUGAAGUAUUCUACAGCCCAAAAUCACCUGGCGAACACACAAUCACAGUCACAUUCGGUGGCAAGCCAAUACCAAAAAGCCCCUUCAAAGUCAAGAUCGAGCCAGCUGCUGAUGCAAGCAAAGUCAAGGUAUCUGGCCCAGGUAUUAAACCAACUGGUAUUAGAGCAGAGGAACCAACGUACAUUGAGAUUGAUGCCUCUGAGGCAGGUGAAGGUAAUGUUGAUGUUAGUAUCGAACCAGACAGCCGAAGAAUGCCAAAGGUUGAUGACAUUGAGGUUAAAGAGGGAGACAAGCCAAACACUUACAUUGUUACGUAUGUACCACCAAAGAAGGGUAAAUAUACAAUCACUAUCAAGUUUGGUGGUGAUGAUGUGCCAAAGAGUCCAUUCAAGAUUGAUGUCGAGCCAGGAAUUGAUGUAUCGCAAUGCAAGGUUUACGGGCCUGGAUUGGAAGAGGUUAUCGUUGGACAAGAGUCAUCGUUCACAGCUGAAUGCCCCGAGGAAGCCGGUCCUGGUAAACUGUCAGUCACAAUUGAAAACCCUGACGGCUCCCAGACUGAUGUCUUAGUCAAAGAAGGAAAGAAAGGUGUCUUCACUAUAAGCUGGACAGCUAGCAUGAUCGGCAAACACAAGGUCGUUGUUAAGUUUGGAGGAAAAGAAGUUCCCGGAAGUCCAUUUGCAGUCAGUGCAUUGAUGAAGGGUGACGCAAGCAAAGUCAAACUCUCUGGGCCAGGACUCGAGAAGGCAAUCGUCGACAAGCCAAACGAAUUUGUAAUCAACACAAAGAACGCCGGUGCUGGAAAUCUCGGUCUCGCAAUUGAAGGCCCAGCUGAGGCAAAGAUCACUUGCAAAGAUAACGGUGAUGGUACAUGCACGGUUAGUUAUAUUCCAGUUGAACCCGGAGAUCAUGAGAUCAACGUCCGAUUUGCUGAUGAACAUGUGCCUGGAAGCCCUUUUGUUGUGCCAGCUUACUUGCCAGUAGAUGCCAGCAAGGUUAAAUGCAGCGGUGAUGGUUUGAAGAAGAACGUGGACGCCAGCUUUCCACAAGAAUUCAUCAUUGAUGCCUCAAAGGCUGGAGAUGCACCCCUGGAAGUGGAAAUUACAGGACCGGACAGAAAGCCAAGAAAACCGGAGAUCACCGACAACAAGGACGGUACUUACAAAGUGAAAUAUGUGCCAGAUGUAGAAGGUCGUUACACCAUUGGUGUCAAGUAUGGUGGAGAUACAGUAGCUCAGUCUCCGUUCCGCGUACAGGCCAAUCCGACCGGUGAUGCAUCAAAAUGCAAAGUAUCCGGACCAGGAGUGAAGAACCCAAGCGUUGGAAAACCUGCAAAGUUCGAGGUCGAUGCCACGAAAGCAGGCAAAGGUAAUGUCACGCCAAAGGUUCGCAACCCAGUUGGGGAUGAAAUCCCAUGUGAAGUCAAAGAAGUUGAUGACAAUGUUUAUGCAUGCUCAUGGACACCGGAGGAGCCAGGAGAUCACCUCGUUGAUGUUAACUUCGGCGGCAGACCAGUCAACGGUUCACCAUUCAAAGCCAAGGCGAUCGAUGGCCCUGAUACCAGCCCAAUCAACACUGAUGAUCUUGCCAGUCAACUCGCAGAUGAACCUGUUGUUGAUCUGCCAGUUGAGUCAGUCUUGGACUGCUCAGAACUCGAACCAGGAAAGUUGGAAGGACUUGUCACAACACCUUCUGGAAAGAAAGACAAAGUAAAGGUUAGUGACAAUGGCGAUGGUACCUAUGAUAUUGAAUAUACACCAAAGGAACUCGGAGUUUAUACUCUUGAUGUCACUUACGAGAAUGUACCAGUCCCAGGAAGUCCAUUUAAGUUCAAGGUUGUCAAACCAGGACCACGAAAGGUUAAAGUGCAUGGCCCAGGACUGAAGAAGGGUUACGUAAACAAGCCAAACGCAUUUAUUAUUGAUACAAAAGGAGCCGGACCGGGUGAGCUGUCGCUUGCUGUUGAAGGGCCCAGCAAGGCUGACUUUGAAUGCAUCGAUAAUGGCGAUGGAACCUGCACUGCUACAUACAUUCCUAAAGAGCCAGGUACCUAUGACAUCUUCAUCAGUUUCGCCAAUGAAAGCAUCCCUGAUGCUCCAAUCAAAGUGCAAGUUGUCGAGGAAGAGCCAAUGCUUGAAGUUGGAAAGGAGGCUGAACUCAACAUGGCUCCAGACGAUGUUCGUGUUCCAAGUGACUUGCCUUCUCUCAGUGGUGUUUUGUCUUCCCCAAGAAAGGACACACCAAUCGAUCUUAAAGAGGGUCCAAACAAAACACUUAGUGCCAAUUUCACACCAGUUGAAGCUGGACGAAACGAUUUGCAUUUGAAGAAAAAAGGGAAAGAGUUGCCCGGAUGCCCAGUUCCUCUCCUGGUUCGUGACAAACCGGAGAUCGGAAAGCCUUGCAAGAUUCCUUUCGAGCUACCUGAUGUUGACAGGAAGAAGGACAUCAACAAACUCAAGGGUAGUCUUAUCAGGCCAAACGGAAAGAAGGAACCUUUGGAUGUUGAUGUGACACCUGAAGGAGAUAUAUCUGUAACUUUCACGCCCAACGAAGCAGGCAAGCACAUAAUCAAUAUCAAGAAAAACAAGAAGCACGUCGAAGAAAGCCCAUACGUGAUUAUCGUGCCAGGUGAAGAAUUGGCACCAACUGCUUUGGUUGGUAGUCCAUGUGAUGUCAAUCUCGACUUGCCAGAUGUUGUUCUUCCAGAUGACUUGAAAGAUCUUAAAGCUACAGUUGAAAGACCAAAUGGAGAGGAAGAACCUUGUGAGAUGUCAGUCAACAAAGACAAGACUUUGGCUGUAUCCUUCACCCCACGUGAGCCAGGUCUCCAUCUUAUCCACAUCAAGAAGAAGCGUAGACCAGUUAAGGGAAGCCCAUUCAAGGUUAUGGUUGAACAAGCACCAAAACCAGUGAAAAACCCAACAGUUGGAAACCCAUGUGAUGUUAACUUCAGCCUUCCAGAUGUCAACUUGCCUGAAGAUUUCGAGCAUCUUACUGCUGAACUCGAAAGGCCAACUGGUGCCACGGAACCAGUCGACCUCAAGCUUAAUCCAGACAACAGUUUGUCUGUUAGCUUUGUUCCAACAGAACCAGGCAUGCACCUUAUCCAUAUAAAGAAGAGACGAAGACCAAUUAAGGACAGUCCAAUCAAGAUCAUGGUCGAUGAAGCUCCAGAAGCUGAAAAAGCUCCCACUGUUGGAAACCCAUGCGAUGUUAACUUGGAACUGCCUGAUAUUGUAUUGCCUGAUGACCUGUCAGAAAUCACAGCUAUUCUCGAGAGGCCAACACUCAUGAGAGAGAAGGUGCCAGUCAAGGCUAACCCGGACAAUACUUUGGCAGUCUCAUUUGUGCCCCAGGAAGCAGGUCUUCACCAAAUCCACAUCAAGAAGUCAAGGAAGCCAGUUAAGGGUAGUCCAUUUAAGGUCAUGGUUGAAGAAGCUGUCCCUGCGGAGAAGCAGCCAACCGUAGGAAAUCCAUGUGAUGUGAACUUGGAAUUGCCAAGUCUUAAGCUUCCAGAUGACCUCAAGAAACUAAAGGCAACACUGACAAGACCAAACGGAAAGAAAGAGCCACUAGAAUUGACAGCCAAUCCAGACAAUACUCUCGGAAUGCAUUUUAUUCCAGAACAACCUGGCAAGCACAUUAUUGAAAUUCUUAAGGACAGGCGUCCUGUGGAAGGAAGUCCUAUUGAAAUAAUGGUUGUAGAAGAAGAACCAUCAAAGAAGGAGCCUACAGUUGGUGAUGAGUGUGCCCUUGAUCUGGACAUCCCCGGCCUAGACUUACCUGGUGAUCUCAGCAGACUGAGUGCUACUUUGAAGAGGCCAUCAAAGACAAAAGAAGAGCCAAUUGAUAUUGAAGUAACACCAGAGAAAACCAUCAGUGUCAAAUUUGUUCCAACCGAGCCUGGAGAACAUCUCAUCAGCAUCAAGAAGGAUCGUAAACACGUACAAGGCAGUCCUUUCUCUGUCAAUGUAGUUGGUGCCCCUAUUUCAGAAGACAUUGUCCCAGAAACUGAACAGGUCGCCGAGUCUGCCGCAGAUUUCCCAGACUUUCCAGAUUACCCUGAAGAGCAGACCAAACCAGCUGUUGGUGCUCCACAUAAUUCAAACUUCAAAGUACCAGGAAUCAAGCUCCCUGAUGAUCUACCUUAUCUUACUGCUGUUCUUGAUAGACCUAAUGGUGACAAAGAGCCUUUGGAUGUCAAGCAAGGUCCAGAUGAGACAAUUGCAGUCUCAUUCACACCUAAAGAAUCUGGUGAGCAUUUGCUGCACAUUAAGAAGAAUCGCAGAGAGGUUUCUGGCAGCCCGUUUGUUAUCAUAGUAGAAGGAAUGGAACCAAAGAAAUCACCUGCAGUUGGAACUCCAUGUGACGUCAACCUUGUUUUGCCUGAUAUAUCACUACCAAAUGACCUACCAUACCUUAAAGCCAAAUUGACACGUCCUAAUGGCAAAACUGAGCCACUGAAUCUUAGUGUGGGCCCAGACAAUUCCCUGUCAAUGAAUUUCACGCCAACCGAGACAGGAAAACAUGUUAUUGAUAUCACAAAGAAUGGAAAGCCUAUCAAACAGAGUCCUAUUAUAAUUCUUGUAGAGGAAGAAGAGAGACCAAAGGUACCGACGGUUGGAAAUGUGUGUGACGUUAACUUGGAUAUUGAAGGAAUCCAGCUACCACGUGAUCUUAAACACUUGAGUGCUACAUUGAAGAGACCAUCUGGAAAAGAGGAACCUAUGGAGGUACGAUGCAAUGAUGACAAUACCUUGAACUUGUCGUUCACCCCCACAGAGCCAGGAGACCAUUACGUCUAUGUGAAGAAGGACGGUAAGAACGUUAAUGGAAGCCCAUUCUUAAUUGCUGUAGAAAUGUCAGAAGAACCAGAGCGAGCACCAACUGUUGGCAGUCCUUGUGACGUGGCUGUUGAGCUGCCUGAUUUGCGUAUACCCGAAGACCUUAAAUUUUUGAAGUGUACACUUGAGAGACCAAAUGGAAACACAGAACCACUUGAGCCCAAAGCCGGUCCAGACAAUACACUGUCAGUCAAUUUUGUACCCGAGGAACCAGGGAAACAUCUUAUCAACAUAAAGAAGGACAGGAGACAUGUGAAGGGAAGCCCAAUCGAGGUGAUGGUUAAAGAUGCUAAGCCAAGAAAGCCUGGCCAGCCUUGCGCUAUUGGACUAGAAAUUCCUGGAAUUAGAAUCCCUGAGGACCUGCGUUAUUUGAAAGCAACCGUGACAAGUCCAUCAGGAAAGGAAGAGCCUGCUGAAUUGAAGGCAGGUCCUAACAACAGAACGAUCGUGGUGUCAUUUAUGCCGAAAGAAGUUGGAAAGCACUUGUUGAACAUCAAGAAGCGCGGUGAGCAUGUACAGAACAGUCCAUAUGAGGUGAUUGUGAAACCUGAAGAUCUUCCCGUAACCAAACCUGAUGCAUCAAAGGUGAAAGUCAGAGGUGAUGGCCUUAAAGGUGGCCCAGUCAAUACACGUUUGGAUUUCCUUGUUGACACUCGUGAUGCUGGUUAUGGAGGUCUAGGCCUAUCCGUUGAAGGACCAUCGAAGGUUGAGAUCAACUGUGUUGACAACGAGGAUGGAACAUGCACUGUCGACUUUACACCUGACGAGGCUGGCACGUACAACAUAAAUGUCACCUAUGCUGAUGAGCAUAUUCCAGGAAGUCCUUUCAAGUGUGUUGUCACUGGCGACAAAGGUAGAAGGCGAAGACCCGUAGAAGAAGAUAUCUCUGCAGUUGAACAAGGAGUUGAGGAAAGUGCACCAGAUUCAUACAGUGACAUACUUGCAUUCCCAAGCACAAAAGCCCCGCAGGAUUUCGUAAUCAAAUUCUCGGGAACCGGAGAACUAAACGCAACAGUGACAAGGCCAUCUGGAGUGGAAGAUCCUGCUGAUGUUAUGGAAGCUGGACGGGAUCAGUACACGAUCCGAUUCAUUCCACGAGAAACCGGAGAACACAAGGUAAACGUGAAGCACAGAGGAAGACACAUUCCUGGCUCUCCAUUCAAAGUGUAUGUUGAUGCCCCAUCAGGUGGUGCCAAAGCCUGCAAAGCAUUUGGACUAGGUCUCACAAAGGCUGUUGCCGGAGAGCCAUGUAAAUUCACAGUCAAUACCAAGGAUGCAGGACCAGGAGGUCUGGCUGUUGCCGUUGAAGGACCAGCUAAAGCUGACAUUCAAUGCCAUGACAACGGAGAUGGCACAUGCGACAUAACAUGGUACCCAGUUGAGCCUGGAGAGUACACUGUGCAUAUCAGGUUUGCUGAUGAACCAAUCCCUGAUAGUCCUUUCACAGUCAACGUCGUUGCUCCUGGAGAAGGUGCGGCAAUGAGCAUGGCCAAGUUCAAGGAACAGGUUCUCAGAGUUGGACAACAAGCAAGCUUUGCAGUUCGUAUGAAAGGAAAGGACGGGAAAUUAACAGCCUCAGUCCAAUCACCGUCAGGCGCUGAAUUAGAAUGCUCUGUUGUUGAGAUAGAAAAGGAUAACUUCGCUGUGAGGUUUGUUCCAAAGGAGCUUGGCGAACACAGAGUCAAUGUUUUCUUGGAUGGUCAUCACAUUCCUGGCAGUCCGUUUAAAGUACGAGUAGGAGGCAUUGAUGGAGAUCCAAGCAAAGUCAGAGCCUACGGUCCAGGUCUUAGAGCCGGUGUUGUAAACCUGGAAGCCGAAUUUACUGUCAACGCACUCGACGCGGGCUCAGGUGCGCUUGCCUUGUCUAUUGAUGGACCAGCAAAGGUAAAGAUGAACUGCAUGGAACAAGACGAUGGAACCUACAAAGUGACGUACAGACCAACGAUAGCUGGAAGUUACGAAAUCAGCAUCCGGUUCGCAGGACAGCACAUCCCUGGCAGUGCAUACAAAGUCAUAAUUGCUGCAUCAGAAGAUGCCAUUGAUGCAGCAAACAUCCCAGAUGCAAGUAAGUGCACAUCACGUGGAGAUGGGUUAAAGAGAGCAUACAUAAACGAGGUUGCCUCCUUCACAGUCAAUGCCAGCCAAGCUGGAAGAGGUGCAAUCAUGGUGGGUGUCGAAGGACCUGUCAUCCCAGCAAGGCAGAUUUUUGUUAAGCACACAGGGGGCGGUGUCUACUCUGUUGAGUACAUACUCGAGGAAAAAGGUGACUACGUAUUGAGAGUUCUAUGGGGUGGCUUCGAUAUCCCUGGAUCGCCUUUCCAUAUUAAAGUCUAGACAUUCGGGAUAUUUGAAUUACUCGCGAACUUAGCAAAAUUUUCUACAAUUUUCGAAGACAAUCGUUUUUGGACACUAAUUCGGACUGUAUUCACUUGUAGUAAAUGACUUAGAGUUGAUUUCUGUAAAAUCAAAUUUUUAAGCGCCUUUUUUGUGGUCAAACAAACCAAUUGUCUUUUUUAUAACAAUUUGUUGUUUUCAAAACUUUUAAACGGCAUGCCCCACGAUAUUGGUAUGCAUGUUACCCAAAAUUUUGUGCCUUCCUGCAGAGUACACGAUAAUUUAACACUUAAAAGCUCCAAUUGGAUGGAUGUCAAAUAUGCUCUUUGAUUGCAAACAUGGUUGCAUACGUGUUCCCCUAACUCCGAGGAAAGCAUUUCUCUUUGAAGUAUUUUCGUCUGUAUUAGUAUUAUUAUCAGCCCCAGUGCAUUAUGCCCCAGUGCUUUUUUGUGGCAAUUUCCAGAUUUUGGACGGAAAUAAACAUUUUGAAACCGCAGCAUAUUUGUUGAAAAUAUGAAGAUGUCGUUUGAGUUGCUUUGUUUUUGCUUGAUUUUGAGAUUAAUCUGAUAUCUCUCAUUAUUCUAUCUAGCACGUCAUUAUUUAUUUAAUUCUUGCUCAUAUCUGUGGCACUUGAUAUUUUUGCUUGCAACGCGAAUAUAAAUUUCUAAACGCAACGUUUUCUUAUUUAGUAAUUAGUGCGCCCAUUCGAUAGAUAUGGAUAAUAACUGGUGUAUAUAGAUGACAGAUUUUUUGUAACCUUUGCUUUUCAUUGUCCUUAUCUCUUUAAUAAGUAGAGAACCUGAAA